AGACCUGUUCUGUCCUCUUCAACCGCCCACUGGCUAAGCUGAAAGACAAUACAAAACAUUGUCAGAUAACUGUCUCAACCAUUUUUGUCAGAAUAAAAGAUAUACAUGUUAUUGAUAAACAUCUCUACCGAUUCAAUAUUAGCUUAUUUAUAACAUGGUGUAUAAUUACAAUGAGCUUGAUGAUUUGUUAAAAAUGGACACAAAACAACGAUGAAGACCAGCCCCAUGAAGUUGUCACGAUUGGUUCCUGUGUGCUGUGACACUUCACUUCAGUCUAGUGUGAACAUAGUGCUCCCUGUCACACGCUUUCCCAUCCAUCUGUCUGACAGUUGUCUAAUCAGUCAGUGGAACUUGUAUUCAAGGAGAAGAUUUUCUGAAGGAUUGGUCCAGUUUUUUUUUUUUUUUACCAUAAGUUCAGAAAGUAGAGAUCACACUGCCUGCUUACAUCAUGGAAGGCUAUAUCUUUCCAUCUGCAUCAGAGAACAUACCCCCGUAUGAAACCGAAAACUAUCGACCUCCUUUGGAGUUGAACUCAUACCUCACUACUGUUGGAGAACCCCAUGAAGAAAAUGUAUGGGAGUACCACCACGGUAUCCAGCAGACAGAAUUUGAACAACCUCCAGAAAAUAAUUUAACAGAAUUACAGAGUGUUCGAUCUCAACGUUUUGAUCAUUAUCAAUAUGUGGACACACAGCCUCAACACUUUCCCCUAGACCCCACUCUUGGAGUUCUUUCAAUAUCACCUCAGAUACCAUAUUACAGCCAUGCCUUGUGUUACCAGUAUCUGCCCACUGUGUCGCCUGCCCAUUAUUAUUCAGAGGAGGAGAACCAACCUGUACACAGUCCUCCACUAGAGGUAUCAGAAGGAGAGUACGACCAAGAAGACCAGCUGCCUCUACUCUCAUUGAGAGACUCCAGCAACAAAAGGAAGAUCCGUUUGUACCAGUUCCUGCUAGAUCUGCUAAAGAAUGGAGACAUGAGGGACAGCAUCUGGUGGCUGGACCAAGACAAAGGCAUCUUCCAGUUCUCCUCUAAACACAAGGAAGCACUGGCCAGCCGCUGGGGCACCCAGAAAGGAAAUCGCAAACGAAUGACCUAUCAAAAGAUGGCUAGGGCCCUUCGGAACUACGGCAAGACUGGAGAGAUCAAAAAAGUGAAAAAGAAACUGACUUAUCAAUUCAGUGGGGAAAUACUGAGGAAACUGUACAGAGGGGAGACAUUUCCUUCACUCACACAAUGAUAUUCAUCCAAUACUUCUAAUCAAUAACAAUAAUCUAUGUCUAUGCCAUUUUUUAUGUGUGUGUGUGUGUGUACGUGUGUGUGUGUGUGUGUGUGUGUGUGCGCGCGUGUGUGUGUGUGUGUGUGUGUGUGUGUGUGUGUGUGUGUGUGUGUGUGUGUGCGUGCGUGUGUGUGUGCGUGUCUUUGUGACUGUGGCCCGAUUAUCUUGCGAACGUGGUACUGUAGGAAGUUGAAAUACGCAGGUGUAUUCCACAGGACCCAAUUCUGUGCUGUGUCGCAUGUGACCUUGUUUGUAUUAUAUGUUUGCAAUAACUACAAACAGGCUUUAGGCCUAUAAAUGCGGACGUUGCACUUGCUGCCAUGUCGAGCUGCAAUAAAAGCGAUGGAUCCCAACGGGUGCACCAGUAUCCUAUUCCUAAUUAUUUAUUUUACUUAAUCGUUAAUUUACCUUUAAUGUGUAGCAGCAACAACAACUCAGCUUGGCUACACGUUAGUUUUCUAAAUGAAUGGUAAGGAUGGAACAAUAGUAUAUUAACCAAAAUGAAUGUGUUCUUCUGUUGUUUUCUUGUAUCUCAUGAGCUCGUCUUGAUCGACAAUAAAACAAACCGUCAUGUUUUAAUGUUC